GCACUUCCCGCUCGCCGGCCUCAGAGGCGGCGGGUCCGGCGCGGGCGCAGCGGUGCGGGCGCUCGGCUGGGGCGCGGGGCGGGGACGCGGCCGCUGCCCGCUUUGCGCCGCUCCUCCCUGCGCGAGUGGCGCUGGCCCCGGCGUCGAGGCGGCCAUGGCGACCCGGAGCCCGCUCCCCACCCACCCCGCCUGCUCCGCCCUCCCCUCCGCCCCGCGCCACCUUUGAUGGCUCGGACCUCAGCCGGCCACCGCCAGCCCUGCUCGCGCGCCCGCGCCGCCGCCGCCCGCGGGUAUUAAUAGCCGGCGCCGCCGCGCCCUCGGCCGCCGGGGGCUUGGGAGCCGCCGAUCCCGGAGCCCGAGCCGGGAGAGGGAGCCGCCGCAGCCGCCGGCGCUGUGGAGAUAUUCUCUAAGCCGCUUUCAUCAUGGGAGAAAUAGAGCAGAGGCCGACCCCAGGAUCGCGACUGGGGGCCCCGGAAAAUUCGGGGAUCAGUACCUUGGAACGUGGACAGAAGCCGCCCCCAACACCUUCAGGAAAACUCGUGUCCAUCAAAAUCCAGAUGCUGGAUGACACCCAGGAGGCAUUUGAAGUUCCACAAAGAGCUCCUGGGAAGGUGCUGCUGGAUGCAGUUUGCAACCACCUCAACCUCGUGGAAGGUGACUAUUUUGGCCUCGAGUUUCCUGAUCACAAAAAGAUCACGGUGUGGCUGGAUCUCCUAAAACCCAUUGUGAAACAGAUUAGAAGGCCAAAGCAUGUUGUUGUUAAGUUUGUGGUGAAAUUCUUUCCGCCUGACCACACACAACUCCAAGAAGAACUCACAAGGUACCUGUUCGCGCUGCAGGUGAAGCAGGACUUGGCUCAAGGCAGGUUGACGUGUAAUGACACCAGCGCAGCUCUCUUGAUUUCACACAUUGUGCAAUCUGAGAUUGGGGAUUUUGAUGAAGCCUUGGACAGAGAGCACUUAGCAAAAAAUAAAUACAUACCUCAGCAAGACGCACUAGAGGACAAAAUCGUGGAAUUUCACCAUAACCACAUUGGACAAACACCAGCAGAAUCAGAUUUCCAGCUCCUAGAGAUUGCCCGUCGGCUAGAGAUGUAUGGAAUCCGGUUGCACCCGGCCAAGGACAGGGAAGGCACGAAGAUCAAUCUGGCCGUUGCCAACACGGGAAUUCUAGUGUUUCAGGGUUUCACUAAGAUCAAUGCCUUCAACUGGGCCAAGGUGCGGAAGCUGAGCUUCAAGAGGAAGCGCUUUCUCAUCAAGCUCCGGCCAGAUGCCAAUAGUGCGUACCAGGAUACCUUGGAAUUCCUGAUGGCCAGUCGGGAUUUCUGCAAGUCCUUCUGGAAAAUCUGUGUUGAACAUCAUGCCUUCUUUAGACUUUUUGAAGAGCCCAAACCAAAGCCCAAGCCCGUCCUCUUUAGCCGGGGGUCAUCAUUUCGGUUCAGUGGUCGGACUCAGAAGCAGGUUCUCGACUAUGUUAAAGAAGGAGGACAUAAGAAGGUGCAGUUUGAAAGGAAGCACAGCAAGAUUCAUUCUAUCCGGAGCCUUGCUUCACAGCCUACAGAACUGAAUUCGGAAGUGCUGGAGCAGUCUCAGCAGAGCGCCAGCCUUACAUUUGGAGAAGGUGCCGAAUCUCCAGGGGGCCAGAGCUGCCGGCAAGGAAAGGAACCGAAGGUUUCCGCCGGGGAGCCGGGGUCGCACCCGAGCCCUGCGCCGAGGAGAAGCCCCGCGGGUAACAAGCAGGCGGACGGAGCCGCCUCGGCGCCCACGGAGGAAGAGGAGGAGGUCGUUAAGGAUAGGACCCAGCAGAGUAAACCUCAGCCCCCGCAGCCAAGCACAGGCUCCCUGACUGGCAGUCCUCACCUUUCCGAGCUGUCUGUGAACUCGCAGGGGGGAGUGGCCCCUGCCAACGUGACCUUGUCUCCCAACCUGAGCCCCGACACCAAGCAGGCCUCUCCCUUGAUCAGCCCGCUGCUGAAUGACCAGGCCUGCCCCCGGACGGACGAUGAGGAUGAGGGCCGGAGGAAGAGAUUCCCAACUGAUAAAGCGUACUUCAUAGCUAAGGAGGUGUCCAUCACCGAGCGAACAUAUCUGAAGGAUCUCGAAGUUAUCACUUCGUGGUUUCAGAGCACAGUGAGCAAAGAGGACGCCAUGCCGGAAGCACUGAAAAGUCUCAUAUUCCCGAAUUUUGAACCUUUGCACAAAUUUCAUACUAAUUUUCUCAAGGAAAUUGAGCAACGACUUGCCCUGUGGGAAGGCCGCUCAAAUGCCCAAAUCAGAGAUUACCAAAGAAUCGGCGAUGUCAUGCUGAAGAACAUUCAGGGCAUGAAGCACCUGGCGGCUCACCUGUGGAAGCACAGCGAGGCCCUGGAGGCCCUGGAGAAUGGGAUCAAGAGCUCCCGGCGGCUGGAGAACUUCUGCAGAGACUUUGAGCUGCAGAAGGUGUGUUACCUACCGCUCAACACCUUCCUCCUGCGGCCACUGCACCGGCUCAUGCACUACAAGCAGGUCCUGGAGCGGCUGUGCAAACACCACCCGCCGAGCCACGCCGACUUCAGGGACUGCCGAGCCGCUUUGGCAGAGAUCACGGAGAUGGUGGCACAGCUCCACGGUACAAUGAUCAAGAUGGAGAAUUUCCAGAAGCUGCACGAACUCAAGAAAGAUUUGAUUGGCAUUGACAAUCUUGUGGUUCCGGGAAGGCCUGGCUCCUUUUUCCUUAUUAGGACUCCACACUUAGGACAAGCCAGGCGCAUCCCAUGUGCUCCAGAGAGGAGGCCAUUGUUAUUAGUAAAGGAGUUCAUCCGUCUGGGCAGCCUCAGCAAGCUCUCGGGGAAGGGGCUCCAGCAGCGCAUGUUCUUCCUGUUCAACGACGUCCUGCUAUACACGAGCCGGGGGCUGACGGCCUCCAAUCAGUUUAAAGUCCACGGGCAGCUCCCGCUCUAUGGCAUGACGAUUGAGGACAGCGAAGACGAGUGGGGGGUGCCCCACUGCCUGACCCUCCGGGGCCAGCGGCAGUCCAUCAUCGUGGCCGCCAGUUCUCGGUCCGAGAUGGAGAAGUGGGUUGAGGACAUCCAGAUGGCCAUUGACCUGGCGGAGAAGAGCAGCAGCCCCGCCCCUGAGUUCCUGGCCAGCAGCCCCCCUGACAACAAGUCCCCUGAUGAAGCCACCGCGGCUGACCAGGAGUCAGAGGAUGACCUGAGCGCCUCGCGCACGUCGCUGGAGCGCCAGGCCCCGCACCGCGGCAACACAAUGGUGCACGUGUGCUGGCACCGCAACACCAGCGUCUCCAUGGUGGACUUCAGCAUCGCAGUGGAGAAUCAGUUGUCUGGAAACCUGCUGAGGAAAUUCAAAAACAGCAACGGGUGGCAGAAGCUGUGGGUGGUGUUCACAAACUUCUGCCUGUUCUUCUACAAGUCACACCAGGACAAUCAUCCCCUUGCCAGCCUGCCUCUGCUCGGCUACUCGCUCACCAUCCCCUCCGAGUCCGAGAACAUCCAGAAAGACUACGUGUUCAAGCUGCACUUCAAGUCCCACGUCUACUACUUCAGGGCGGAAAGCGAGUACACGUUCGAAAGGUGGAUGGAAGUGAUCCGCAGUGCCACCAGCUCUGCCUCGCGACCCCACGUGUUGAGCCACAAAGAGUCUCUCGUGUAUUGAUGGCCGGACACACUCGUUUCCACAGUGGCUGCUUUCCUGGAAGACGUUUCCUUUCUUCUGUAUUAAUGAAGCCUGGUAAAAUUAACACCUGUCUGAAAAUCAAAAACAUGGCUUCGCAGCAGCUCUCCUGUCUCCACAGCCGCGUUUCUUAACCCCGACCUCUCAGCGUCUGAAUGAACAGCGCUCCCACCUCCAGUCCUGGCAUCCGCUGGGGGCGCUGUUCUUUAGCUAGUGCCAGUAUUAAAACAUUGUCAUUACGAGAGUGCCAAAUGACACCUUCCCUCCACCCUGCCCCUGAAAAACAGUACACACACAUCCGUUCAACACAAGACAGGGCAAGUGUUUUUCUUCCUAAAAAAAAGUUCUUUUAUUAUUUUCACCUAUUGGCUGCUGCAUUUUACGAAGUGGAUUUCCCGGUGUUUGCAAUACACUCAGUGCAGCCUUAAGCAAAUGAGAUCAUUUUCAGAUUUCGUUUUUUUCAGUCUUUCUACUUUUGUAAUAAUAGGAAGUUAGUAGGACUCACUUCUCUGAUUAAUAAGCAAUUUGCAGCACACAGCGUUCCACUGCGGGGUUUCACGCUCACCUGAAAACACCUGUUCCCGACCUACUUCUUGGUGCAAGUUGACCAAAUCGUUUUAAGUGGUAACUCUUUCCAACCGCAGCAGGGUUGUUUUCUGUUAAGCAAAGCCGAGAUCCAGUGCAAUACCUGGACUGUCACCGUCCUGUGAGUGGUGUACACAAUGGGAAGAUAAUAAGCCGUGGUGUUUUGCUGUCUGUGUCACAAGCAUGAAAACCCGUGUGUCAUUGAUCAGCACCAUUUGUGGUAUGUUCCGUGAUGAGCGUUUAGUGAGCGUGCUGGCUGCAGAGCACUAUGAAAUCAUGGUACGUAGUCCCCAGCACCUGUCGUUAUUCCUAUAUCCUCCUGCAACUGUGGUUUGAAACUGCGCAUUCUCUAGUAGUAUAUAUCGUGCCUGUCUUCAAAAACAUUUACCUUUUUAUACUCAUUCCCCCCAGGCAUGGGGUAGUGUCAGUCGGACUGCACAGGGAACACGGUUUCCAGUGGCUUUGGCCCCUGCUCGGGAAACGUCUGCCUGUUCUCGAUGGUGAUGGGGUGGCUGCCAUUCCCUUGGUUUUCCUAAGCCCUUUCUAACAAGAGUCUCAAACAAGCGGAGGCGACGGCCAAUUCAACCCAAUUCUUUCCAGCGCCCCGCACCAUAGCACCUGCCCACCUGAGAACCAGGAACGCACCCUCUCUGUGGAGCUCUGACUGGUGUACCUGGAAACAGCAACUUGCAAACGGACGAAGAGCCUGACAUGUGUUAAUCAUUUGCCUUACAAGAUGUACCAGACAGUUUCCAGUACUAACAAAGGGAAUAAAAAUACCUCACGCCACAAUCCAGCAUAUUGAUGUUUUAAGGCAAAACAA